GUACGUAAGAUCAGACCCAAUAGUCUCUGCAUUACCAAAACCCCAAGGGCAGGGCAUUUACUUGCUGCAACUCGCUUGCUCUCCUUUUUGUUUUUCCUGCAUGACGUCAACUCAGAUGGGCUCUCCCUACAGGCCUACCAAACACAAGUGUCUAACUGAGGAAAUGGAAAUAAACUUGGGGAAAUUGGCGUUUGACCUCAAUUUUCAUCCAUCGCAGCAAUUAGUGACUACAGGUCUCAUCGAUGGCCACCUUCACUUGUAUCGAUAUUCAUCUGGUGGUUCACUACCUGAAAGGUCCAAACAAAAAAAAAUUCGGCUCCCUUCACAGAUUAUGACUUUAUGGUUAUAGGGUGUUGGAAGUUCAUGCACACAGCGAAUCUUGCAGAGCUGCUCGGUUCGUCAACGGUGGCAGUGCCAUUUUGACGGGGUCUCCAGACCACACAAUUCUUGCAAUAUGUGGAAACUGGUUCUGCUCUCGCUUGCCUUGAAAAUGCUCAUGAGUCUCUCUCUGCUCUCUUCUUAAUCGGUAUUCAAGAGUGCUCAUUUUGGUCAUAUUCUGAACAAUCAUAUCUUCAUCAGCCUCUGGAGAUGAUGGAGGCUGUAUUAAGGUCUGGGAUACCAGACAACGAUCUCGCUGCAAUUCCUUUAAUGCUCAUCAGGACUACAUCUCCGAUAUGACUUUUUCAGCUGAUUCCAUGAAACUCCUGGGAACUAGUGGGGAUGUAACUCUGUCUGUUUGCAAUCUUCGAAGAAAUAAGGUAAGGCCAGUACUGAAAGUUUUCAGUUUAAUUAGUUGGUUCUGUGGUUAUGAUAGGUCCUAGAUAAAUCUGAGUUUUCAGAAGACGAGCUACUGUCUGUUGUUAUCAUGAAGAAUGGUCAGAAAGUUAUUUGCAGCUCACAAUCUGGGAAUAUAUUGUUGUAUUCAUGGGGUUGUUUCAAGGAUUGCAGACUUUCCAGUGAUCGUUUUAUUGAUCUCUCUCCAAAUUCUGUUGAUGCUUUGUUGAAGCUUGAUGAAGAUAGACUUAUUGCUGGAUCUGAGACCAGACUUAUCAGGCAUAUGGCCAAACAGAGUCAUCCAACCAAUUGCAGAGCACUCAGAAUAUCCGGUAGAGCGUCUUGCUGUGGGAUAUGGAUGAUAUAUUGCAAGGCUCUGGAAAUACUUCAAGGUACUCAAGCAACUGUGGAGGACAAAGAUAGUGAUGAGAUGGAUACAGAUAUUAAUACUCCGAAGUCUAGAAAAGGAACAAAGAGAAAAAAUGCAAGCAAAGAUCAUGUUAUGGGUUCACACAACUUGUUUGCUGAUUUAUAGAUGGAUGGUUGAUUACAAGUUCUCUCUAACUUUGACAGAUAAUGUCGCUGAAGAACGUAAGCUACCCUUGUCAAUCACAUACUGCUAGAAAGAAGUUUGGUUCCUGUGGAAUUUUGGUUUUUUCCUUUGGGUUAGGGAAUUGUAAAAUAUUCAUUUUUGAUA